ACGCUUCACGGUGGGACGACGAGCGAAGAGAGGAGUGCACAAGGGGAGCGAGAUAGAUUGGUGGGUUUUUGAAAAGAGUGCUUAAAUUUGUUCGUCUCAAACAAAUUGUUUGUUUUAUUUCUUUCGAGGAGGCACGUUAAAGGCCGCACGACAGACGACGGACUCAUAAAAUAGGGCAAAUGCGACUGGUGUAGCGUGGGGCUGAAACGCCCAAAUAUAGAGCAGCAAACGUUUGGAAUUACAAUCACUUCCUACCGCUUGGAAAAAUCUGAAACUGGCCAUAGAGAAGCCCGUUUCGAUAGGCCACGACCUCACAUCGGGACUUAAACAAAUCCAAAACCAAAGUGUGUAUGGAGCAGUGUGAGAAUGCCGCAUCACUCUUGGCCUCCGUGCGAGAGCAGGAGAUGCAGUUUGAGCGUCUGACUCGAGCUCUGGAGGAGGAGAGGAGGAGCGUGGGGCCCUCCGGUACCCUACCCCGCCCCCUCCCUACCCUGCAGAACGGGCGUGUCACCGGUGAUGCAGAGGUAGAACGGCUCAAAUUAAUUGAGGGAUAUAUAAACGGGACACAGUACAGAAUGUUGGACCCUGGUCAUAUUGUUGAGUCGGUCAUGGUGGAGGAGGACCCUCAUGAGAUGAUGCCAGUUAUUUCACUCGAAACGAGUGAUGAUGGAACCACGCGGCGCACUGAGACAACAGUUAAAAAGGUCACAAAAACAACCACCACACGAACAGUUAUUCCUUCCGUCUCGGACACGCUCUCCUUGGACGGCACUGGUUCAGUUACCGGGAUGGGUUAUAACACCCCGAUGGAUCGUGUGUAUAGGCCACCGGGUGGCCCAAUUGAUUACCCUACUGCUACUGUACCACGUAACUACCACUACGGACCACCAGGUGGCUAUGAUGACUACCGCAGUGGCCCUCCUUCAGAAGUCUACGCCAGCCUCAGCCGAGGAACUCGUAUGGACGACAGAUACAGGCCUGUGGAUGGCUACCGCACGAUUGACUCCGCCUACCGCACUCACAGCCGGCCGCAGUUGGAUCCAUAUGCAGCCCAGCCUCAGGUGGGCCGUUUGGGCAGCGCUCUAGAGAUCUCUGGAGCUCUUCAGCGGUUUAUUCCAGACCCCUACGGCCUUGAAGAUGACCAGAGGAGCCUGGGAUACGACGAGCCUGAUUACAACAUGGCGGGGCUGCAUUACAGCACAAUGCCCCGGUUAGCGCAUGGGCACCAUGCCCCACCACCACGUAGGACAGGGUCAUAUGAGGGCACUCUGGAUGGCGAUAUCUCUGGAGCUGGUGAUAUGUAUUGGGGAGGAGCCCCAUUGGCUCAGGGAGAAAGAGGCAGCAUGGCGUCAUUGGACAGCACUCUGCGCAAGGGUCCCGCCAACACAACAUGGAGGCAGCCUGAACUUCCUGAAGUCAUCGCUAUGCUCAACUAUCGCCUGGACCCUGUCAAAAGUAACGCUGCAGCCUACCUGCAGCACCUCACCUUUAAGAAUGAUAAGGUAAAGUCCGACGUUAGGCGGAUGAAGGGAAUCCCGGCCCUGGUAUCAAUGCUUGAUAACCCAAAGAAAGAGGUGCAUUACGCAGCAUGCGGAGCUCUCAAGAACAUCUCAUAUGGGCGAGAUCCAGAUAACAAGAUAGCCAUCAAGAACUGUGACGGAAUCCCUGCUCUGGUGCGGCUACUGAGGAAGACGAGAGAUCAGGACCUUACUGAUAGUAUAACAGGCACGCUGUGGAACCUUUCCUCUCACGACUCUGUAAAAAUGGAAAUCGUUGACCACGCGCUGCACGCCAUGUCUGAUGAGGUCAUGGUUCCGCACUCAGGCUGGGAGAGGGGGAACCAGGGGGGUGAGGAGAGUUGCAAACCCAGACACCUGGAGUGGGAGACGGCACUCACCAACACCACCGGUUGCUUAAGGAAUGUGAGCUCGGAGCGGAGCGAGGCCAGGAGGAAGCUGAGGGAGUGCUCCGGAUUGGUCGAUUCCCUCAUGUACAUCGUCCAAUCGCAGAUCAACUGUAAAGAUGUGGACAACAAGUUGAUAGAGAACAGUGUGUGUCUGCUGAGAAAUCUGUCCUACCAAGUGCAUCGAGAGAUACCUGGCUGCGAACGCUACCAGGAAACCAUGCCUGUCAAUCAAGGCCCCGCCCCUUCUGCCCAAAAGGGGGGCUGCUUUAGCUCCCGAAAGGGUAAAGACGAGUGGUUUUCCAAAGGCAAGAAAGAUGAUGAUGGAACCUCUGACAUGAUUGACAUUCCAAAGAGAACCACACCAGCCAAAGGUUAUGAGUUGCUGUUCCAACCAGAAGUGGUGCGAGUGUACACUUCUCUCCUAAAAGAAAGCAAGAACCCAUCGGUUCUAGAAGCCGCUGCAGGAGCCGUGCAGAAUCUUUGCGCAGGCCGUUGGAGUUAUGGGCGGUACAUCAGAGCAACGAUGAGACAAGAGCACGGCCUGCCGAUGAUGACUGAGCUGUUGUCUCAUGGGAACGAUCGCGUGGUCCGAGCCAUGUCUGGAGCCCUGAGGAACCUGGCCAUCGACGCUCGCAACCGUGAACUGUUAGGGAAACAUGCAGUGCCUAACCUGGUGGCUAAUCUGCCGGGUGGUGGUCAGAGUCAGCCCGUGCGUGGGCUUUCGGAAGAAACCGUGGUGUCUGUUCUCAGCACUAUGGCAGAGGUUAUUGGGUCCAGCGUAGAUGCUGCCAAAACCCUUCGUAGCUCCCAGGGCAUUGAGAGGCUUGUGCUCAUUAACAAAGACAGCAACCGCUCGGAUCGGGAGGUACGUGGUGCUGGGCAAGUGCUGCAGAUCGUGUGGGGCUUCAAAGAGCUCCGCCGCACACUGGAGAAAGACGGCUGGAAGAAAACGGACUUCAUGGUCAACCUCAAUCCUCCCAACAAUCCCCGCAGCAAUGGGGGAUAUGAGGACAGCACCCUUCCGCUAAUAGACAGGGGAGGCAAACAGGACAGAGAUCGAGAUAUGAUCCCCAUGAAUGACAUUGGACCAGAUGCUUACUCAACGAUAGACCAGAGAGGGCGGAGGAACACUUUAGACGACACUUUGGAUCGUUCAGACAGAGACGCACCUCAGGGAGGAAUGUAUGGGGAGAGGCGGGGCUCUAUGCCUCUGUUGGACACUUAUGAUGGUUAGGCCACUCCCCCUCCCCCCCACUCAGUGCAUGAGCACGCAUGAAAAACUGAUAGUGUGCAUCACCCGUCGUGGGUUUCCUACUCCUGCCUACUGUCCUUGCUGAGCCUUUGAUCUCAUCACUUCCGGGACCAUAGCCACUAACUGCAUUGACCCUUCUGUAGUUUCCAACCCUCUGUUGUUGCCACUCUUACUCUUCAGAUCAAUGUGAUUGAGAACAGCCACUAAAAAUACGGACACUACAGAAUGAAAAACUUUUCUUGAUUUUGGUCCAUACUACUAUUUUGUGUGAAAUGACAGACUAAGAAACACUAGGGACUAAAAGAUCUAUUUAGUCAGCUUCUCAAGUUUAUAACCGCUGUCCUUUUUUCUUGGAUUGCAUAUAUUAGAACACUAGUGUAGAAUGACGUCGGUAUUGUUUUCGCUUGAUCUUGCUUUGCCGUUCACAGUAAUGCAACAUUGCGUCAUCUGCAGAAAUCAUUGUAAAUAGAAUGUCUGAGUUUAUGCCUUGUUGAUGCAUUGUGAUGGCCAUAAGACCUCAUUUUUUGGUCGCUGUUUUCCAAAAGCACUAGAUGACCAAUCGACUCUAAUUUUUCUUUAAGGUUGUCUAUCUGUGGAUGGUCUUGUGAAGUGUCCUGUCUCUAGGGAGGGGUUGUUGUUUAAAGUGUUUAUGCAAGCAUUACAAUAGAUGCAGAGGGAUCAAAUGAUUGGGAGACUUAUAUUAAACCAGUAGCAUUCACAUGUUUAGCUGAGGACAGUUGUGAUCUUUAGGACAGCCGUGUGGUUCCGGAUCUUCACAUUUUUUAUCUGUUGUUCCUUAAAGUUAGUUGAUAGAUCCGGUGGGAAAUUUGCAAAGCAUUCCAGAGUGGGAGAGCUUUUUUGCAUAUAAAAAUAUAUUUUCCAUUUGGUUUGGUCUUUGUUACUGGCACUGACUAUAAUUAGUGUAUAAAAACCAAGGACCAUAUGCAUCAAGAGUAAAAUAAUUUAUGUAUCUACCUUCCCCUGAUUAAAACAGCUGGUCCGAGGACAGCCGUUUACACCCAAGACAAAUUCUAGCUCUGAUCUUAGAUCAGUUCUCGUACUUUUCCAAACGUUGCGAUUCGAGGCCCAGCUGGUGGACCCAGUGCUUUUCUUGCUUCGUCUGAAUAAUAAUGAAUCUGUAAAUAUGACUCUGCAUACUUGGGAGUGCCUCGCUUGUUAAAUGGACAUACGAGUUGCGCGUGUGGUUGCGUUAAGCGGCUUCCAAGAACGUGUGAAUGGAAAUGUUCAGCCAACCUUCUGCCUCUUGGUUCUAGUGCCUGUCUGUGUAAAGUGAAUGAGUGUACAUUUAAGGAUGUAUAUGCAUUGUUUUUUGUUUCUGCGAUCCAUAAGUACAGUGCUCGUUCCAUAGACUGCAUAUUUAAAAUGCACAGCAAGUCUGCUGUAGAUAUUUACUGAAUGGAAACUCUAGCACUAGGGGUCGGUGGAUUUUUAAAAAUAAAUUCUUUUUCCCAAUGCAUUUUAAUCCCCAUCUGCCUAUUUCCAAUCUUUCGCAACACUACAAUUAAUACAGGAGAAGGUCGGCUGUUGACUUAGUGGAUGCGAGACAAAAAUCAGAGUCCUGUUUGCUCAAAGAUUUAAGUAACCGAUCGAAUGUUCAGUGUUGAGGGCGGCAGUCUUUUAAUUACAAACAAAAAAUGUAUCUCUUUCAAGAUUUAACUAGAGUUCAGAUUUUGAUUCUAGCUUGAUUAGAAAUUAAGAUAAAAGCACAUUUAACUAUAUAUACCAGAGAAUAUUUGUUAAUUUUAAUUAUUUUUUUCUUGGUUGUCUUUUUGCUCUUCCUUUUCUAUAUUUUAUGAUUGGGGCUGAUUUUGUUUGUUUUUCUGGGGUUGUUGUGGGUGAAUGCAUAUGCAAUCAGUUUUAUUUUUUAAAUAAAUGCAUUUACGGUUUAUAUCUUUUAAUUAAAGACAAAAAGAAAAAAUCUGUCGUGAUGUCAGUUGUCAUGCUGUUCUUCUGCAACACUAACAAGUGGAUCUUGAUUCAUUGUUCCUAUAUUUCAACACUUUACCUUUGGUCUUAAACAUUGCACCUUCCUCUCAUGGAUUGAACAUGUAACUUCGCAAUACAUUUUUUAAUAAAACAAUGAUUUUUUCAAGGUUCUGAUAA